AUGCAAGGGUCCGCUACAAUCCCUCCUGGCUCGAACAACCUCCACACGCUUCUCUCAAUCACGUACAUCGCGCUCUUGUGCUGGUUGAGUCCGUGCUCGAUCGCGUUUGACCGACAUAUGGCCUCCAUUAUUCACCCAGAAACACCACAUCGACAUCCAGGGCGCGUUUUCACCUGCCCAACCAACCUCCGCUCCCGCCAUACCUCUCUAUAUGGUGCCAAUUUGCCCUUUCUGCGCACAAUCCUCAGUGCAACCCUGCGCCAGUUAAAUGUAUCCAGGUGCUCUUUCCUAGCGGGUUGGUUGAUAUUGCGAUGGAGGUGACAGACCCAUCAUACACCCUUCCGGCAGAUGACGAAGGUGGAGGGAUAAAGAGCGAGGGACGAGCGUUUCUCACGUCGUUGAGAGGCCUGAAGCAACAC